UUUACAAAGGGGACGUGGCCAGGUUGGUGCGGGCCGAGCCUGACGGGGAAACAGCGGGGCCGGGAGCACCGGGAAUGCCGGGACCGGGAAUACCGGGAGCACCGGGAGCGGGAACAACGGGAGCAUCGGGAGCGGGAAUACCGGGAGCACCGGGAUCGGGAACAACGGGAGCACCGGGACCGGGAAUACCGGGAGCACCGGGAGCGGGAACAACGGGACCCGGGGCACCGGGAGCAACGGGAGCGGGAGCACCGGGACCGGGAAUACCGGGAGCACCGGGAGCACCGGGAACGGGAACAACGGGCACCGGGAGCGGGAGCACCGGGAGCGGGAACACCGGGAGCACCGGGAGCAGCGGAGCCGGAGCCGCCCCGCGGGCUCAUCCUGCUGGUGCCGGCGCGCUUGGGGGGCGAGAACCUGAACCCCGUGUACGUGGAGUGCGUCAAGGAGCUGCUGCGGCUCCGUUCCUGCCUCGGCAUCAUCGGCGGCAAACCGCGGCACUCGCUCUUCUUCCUCGGCUUCCAAGGUGAUUCCCUGCUCUACCUGGACCCGCACCUGUGCCAGCCCUGCGUGGACACGGCCCGCGAGGAUUUCCCGCUGCAGUCCUUCCACUGCUGCUUCCCGCGGAAAAUGCCCUUCGGGAAGAUGGACCCGAGCUGCACCUUCGGCUUCUACAGCGGCGGCGCCGAGCUGGGCCGGCUCUGGGGGGACCUGGCCCGGGUGCUGGCCCCCCCCUCGGCCCCGGAGCGCUGUUACCCCAUUUUCAGCCUGGCCGAGGGUCUCGCUCAGGACCAGGCCCUGGACGCCCCCCCCAGGCCGCCCCCCGCCCCCCCCCGGCGGGGAAAACGCCCCAAAAAACCCAAAAACCCCAAUUUGGAGGAGUUUGUGCUGCUGUGACCCCCCCGGACCCCUCCCCAAAACACUGGAUCGGCCUGGGGGGGUGGGGGGGGGGGCUGCGGGCAUCGCCCCCUCCUCAAAUUGGGGCUGGUUUGGGUCACUACUGCCCCCCCCCCCAUACACACACACUCCGGGACCCCCCCCAAAUUCCCGA